ACUACCGUCAUAGGGACUUGAGGAUGUUCACUGUGUAUAUCUGGUUAGUCAUCCUUGUCGACAUCCCAACCUUGAGUUCCGGGUGUUCCGCGAAACAGAUAUAUGAGCAAUUAUUCCUUGAGAAGAGUCAAAGGGCAUCAGCUAUAGCAGCGAUGCGCCGGCGAGAUGCGGCUCCUGCUUAUCUGAUUGUGGUCAGCUUUGGUGAUACGAAAGGAAGAGGUGUAGUAGCGGAUAGAGACUUUCAACCUGGGGAUUUUAUAACGUAUUAUCAUGGCAAGUUCUUCACACAGAAACCGGACGGUGCCAAUAGUGCCUAUCUGUUUGAAGUGAACGACUCCGGCGAGUCAACAUGGAUUGAUGCCAGUGAUGAAGACGGGUCCUACGGGCGCCUGAUCAACGACGACUGGAGAAGCCCCACUGCCGCGUAUGAGGUCCUUAGGGUGGACGGACAGCCUCGCGUUGCUUUCUUUGCGACCAAGGACAUUCAGCGUGGUGAGGAGAUCACGUACAACUAUGGAGAGGACAUGUCACUCCCGUGGCGGAAACAGACAUUAGUGACAGAAGCCAUAAGAUGCCUAGUAAUUGCUCCGGAGUAUCUACUGUUAGCUGACUUUGGACCUCCUAAGGGGAGAGGAAUAAUUGCCGACAAGGACUUCAAGGAAGGAGAGUUCAUCACAUUCUAUGAUGGGAAACCGAUUUCAGAAGACAUUCCACAUGGCGGCCCGUAUCCCUUCAAACAUACACCCAAUGAGUGGAUCGAUGCUUCCGAGGUUGAUGGAUCCUAUGGAAGGUUGCUAAACGAUGAGUGGAAACAUCCAAAUGCCAGACCGGAAGUAGCUGACGUUGAUAGACAACAUUAUAUAGCUUUCUACGCAUCUCGUCCAAUACAACGUGGGGAAGAAAUAACUUUUUCAUACAACAAUAAUAUUGGUUUUCCUUGGCGAAAAAAGGAUGCAGAAGAAGCUAUCCGCGAAUUAGAUAUUUCUCCCGAACAUCUACGUGUGGUUGACUUUGGUUUUCCAAAAGGGAGAGGGGUUGUCACUGAUGUGGACAUUGAGCAAGAUGGCUUCAUAACCUUUUUCCAUGGGAAUUGUGUGACGGAAGACCCACGGAACGCUACAUAUUCACUAAAGAUAGACGCAAAUGACAAACAUAUCUGGAUCGAUGCCACCAAGGAAGACGGUUCCUAUGGGCGACUAAUAAAUGAUGACUGGAGGCAGCCUAAUGCAAGAACAGAAACAGUUACCAUUGAUGAAGAAACACAUGUCAUCUUCUUAGCUAAUCGUCCAAUAGAACGAGGGGAAGAGAUCAUGUACAGCUACAACGCUAGCUCUGAACUCCCAUGGCGUAUCAAGACGCCAUGGGAGGAAGCUGAAGAUGCCAUCCGGAGCGCAGAUGCGGCGCCCUCCUCUCUCCUGGUCGUUGACUUUGGUCACCCGAAAGGAAGGGGCGUGGUUGCUGCCAGGGAUUUUAAAGAGGGGGAUUACCUGACAUAUUACCAUGGCCAUCAUUCCCUAGAAGAGCCAAGUAAUGACGAUAAAACCUACCGCUUUCGAAUUAUCAAAGAUGGUAACACCUCUUGGACCGACGCCUUUAUGGAGGAUGGCUCAUAUGGGCGACUAAUCAAUGACGAAUGGAGGGCCGCAUUGUCAAAUGCUGCUAAAACAAUAAUAGUUGUGGAUGGACAACAACUGGUAGCAUUCUUUGCUUCUCGAGCUAUACCACGAGGGGAGGAGCUCUUGUACAGUUAUAACGACGGGAUGGAAUUUCCGUGGAGAAAGACGGAGGUUGUUGAAGCAGUGCGACGUUCAGACAGUGCCCCGGAUUAUCUUGCUGUUGUCGACUUUGGUCAGCCUAAAGGUAAAGGAAUUGUUGCCGGGAAGAAUUUUGAAACUGAUGAUUUUAUUACGUUCUACGCUGGGGAACGCGUGUUCGACGAGUCUGCAGUCGUCAAUGCAACGCAUCUGCACCACAUCCAACAGGAUGACGGCGAUAUUUGGAUCGAUGCCUCCAAGGAUGACGGGUCCUAUGGCAGACUCUUGAAUGAUGACUGGAGAAAACCCAACGCCAGACCAGAAAGUGUAACCGUUGAUGGAGUCCUUCACAUUGCAUUUUUCGCUAAUCGUCCAAUUCACCAAGGCGAUGAAAUCAUGUUCAGCUAUGGCAGUAGUAUGGACUCUCCGUGGCGUAAGAAGGAGGCAGAGGUUGCUAUCCGAAGUAAAGACAUCGCACCAUCGUAUCUCAUUAUUGUGGACUUCGGCCAAGUCAAAGGCAGAGGUGUAGUAGCUGCGAAGGACUUUGCAUCUGGUGACUUCAUUGCGUAUCUGAUUGGUCAGCGUCUGUCCGAACUAGCCCCGGACACGGACAAAUCCUUUCUGAUUGAAAUUGAAACGGGCGGUAGAUUUGUAUUGGUGGAUUUUUCUUGUGACAAAGUCUCCUCCGGACGGCUGAUUAAUGAUGACUGGGUGAAUCCGAAUGCUGACAUGUAUGCGAUACACGUUGAUGGGGAGAUGUAUAUCACUUUUUUUGCCAUCCGCGAUAUACAACGAGGCGACGAGAUCACAUACGACUACCGAAGCGACAACUAUUGGCGAAAACAGGAUGGCCUUAAAGAGGUUGAUUGGACGGCUACAGAAGCAUGUAGAAAGAUCAAAUCCCGAACCAGAAAAUACAACAAAGCAGUUAGACAGGUUAGAGGACAAGAAGAAAACCAAUGUGUGAAAGAACAAUGUCAGAAUUCUUAAAACAAAAUACAAACAUGCUGUAGAAUAGAACAUAUUGUAAUAAUAUCGAUAACAA